AUGACGCGUCAGCUCGCUUCCAAAGCCGGUUGUCCUUUUGAGUGGGCCUUUCUUCUUUUUUUGCCUAUCUUGGGGACUGCAUGUUCACGAGCCCGCUUGUACAUCAACGAGUUUUUCCUCGUUCCACCUAAUCUGUGGCUGGGCCUUUGCCUUGACAGCGGCGCAAACAAAUCUGGGAUUGUGACAGCCCUUUCUGACAUUGCGUCCGGGUUUGAAAAAGUUCUUCUCAAGCAAGCCCUUGCUAAUGCAGCUGCAGAAGCGCAAGACCUGGACCCAGACCAGAUGGAUAUGGAUGAUGCUGAAGGACUCGACCGAGGAGAGAGCGCCAAGAAGCGCAAGCUGUCUGCUGCCCGACACAUUGCAGCCAUCAAAGCUAACCCACCGGCCAUCAUGUCCGAUGAAGGCUCACUGCCAGCCAUGGGUUUGCAAAUGUCGCAAAAUUCGAAUCGGGCAGUCGGCCUCUACGAUGAAGGCCGCUUCCUGUUACGAGCUCUUACAGUUGGAGAAGGGUCUGGCUUCAACCCCUCUACCAUGUCGAAGCUGUUCAAUGGAAGCCACUGGAAGAGACAGGUCGUGAAAGAUACGAACCGCUUCACCAUGCACCAUACCUGUCUGUGUCUUUCCAUGUCCUGCCAUAUCGAGGAAUGGCAUGAUUUCCUGGCCAAAGAUGAAGCCUUAGGCAUGGCCAGUCGCUUCCUGAUGUUUCAUUCCGGUCCUCGCUUAGACAAAGCGGCCGAUGUUUUGGAUGAAACUGUGUACGGGCAACGUUCCCAAGCCAGCAACGUUCGUCAGCUUCUCCCGCAAUCCUUGCUUCAGAAGUUUAUUGAUCUUUUGGACCGAGUCGACGGCAAUCACCACAGUGGGUGCUCCGAUUACAACAAAGGCCGGGAAAUGAUUCCCUAUUUCUUCGCACCCGACGCCUUAGAUUAUUUUUGUCAGCACUACGACGCUCAGGUCCUAGAGCAGGAACGAGCCUAUUUGCAGGACCCUAAACAAUUCAGUCACGCAGGCAAGCUCAAGUCAUUGCCCUGGCGGCUUUCAAUUCUGCUGCACUGCUGGAACCAAGGCCUCGAGCAAGGGACACACUUUCGGCGUGCUUUGCCCAAACACGCAGUUGAAACGUCCAAGGCUAUUUUUGAAUAUCUGUCCACGCAAUCCCGAAUUUUGGCUCCUUCGAGCAAUUUACUUGAAAUUCUCAGUGCGUCUAGUUUGCUUCAAACAGCAAGUCAACGUUAUCCAAAUUUGAUUCUCCUGCUCAGAGAAGGCAACUUGCCAAAGGCGGCUGGGCCUUUGGCCACGCAACAGCAAGCUUCCUUGGAGGAACCGUUCGAGCAAUGGUGGGGGACUUUGGCUCCGGACAUGAAGGCAUAUGCGUUCCUUGGUGCGCAUUGGAUCCUGACAUCCACAACACUAGUUUUCAUUGAUGUGAACAGCCCAAUAAAGGCCCUCAGAUCCAAAGACAAAAAGCAACUGCCGAAGGAAGCUGCAAAGCAACACGCCAACAAUGUUUUUAAAUUGUUGGAAUACACCCAGCUUGCUUGCGUCAAGCGCGGUCGAAAAGGUGGUGUCACUUUGAUGAAAAGAGCGUGCCCCCAAGAUGUUGCAUUGACGGUUGCGUUCACCAAUCUGCUGCACAUGUUCAAGCACAAGCUCGCAACGAACGCCGCAAGAUAUAAUGAGACCUGCUUGCAGCUGACAGAAUCUUUGCGCAAGGUCCACAGCAUCAACUCUGGCGAAAGUGCCCCGAUACUUGAUCCACCACAGAAGGACAAGAUGGAGGCCAUGCUGCUUUUCCUCACCCAGUAUGUGGAUGAAUCCAGGAUCUGGGAUUCCUUGGCUGAGUAUAUCGUCAGAACGCAGGGCCAAAGCGGUGAUCAAUCUGAUGCGUCCCAAAAGGACUCAAUUCUUGGUGGGGCUGUGCAGGAAAGGUUGUCGAACUUGCUUUUUUAUCCGGGGAAUGCAGAGUUGCUUCCCAUUUUCGUUCUAGCCAGCCAUUGUGCAGACAGGAAAUGCCGAGGACAGAUUGCUGCCUUUCUAUUGCGGAAACAAUAUCCGACAGUCGACUUUGUCUCGCAAGAUUGCGACUUUAUUUUUCACAAGUUGGAAAUUGCAGCACCUCAUCUUUUGCAGUCGGAUUUGUUAGAAUUGUUGGACGUUCGCUUGCCUCGCCUUGCGCUUCUUCCACUUUUUGACACGUGCACAUUUUGCCACUGCGUCUUAAACAUUUCCUAUACUCGGCGCAUUCCUUGCUGCCUGCAACUGCACGACCUUCGCAUGGCAGAAGUUGAGGCCACAAGUUUUGCAGCCAACAUGUGGAUGACGCAGACGGCCUGUGGGGGUCCGAUCUUAUCCUUCGGUUGUGGGUUACCUACCAAGAGGGCAUACAUCAAGCAGCUCGCGUUCUGGCAUCCACGUGCAAGCGAGCCCAUCGCGCUCUAA